GCGACGGCGCGCCGCUGGUGUCAUGCGGAAGAUGGCGGCGUCCAGGGGAGGCUGAGGACUCUGGGGAGGUGGAGGCAGGUUUCCGUACAGUCUGAGCGUGCGGCUUUGGGGAUCCCUUCGCUCUGUUUCCUGCUCUCAGGUUUCGCGCCGGUCGUCUUCCCAGGCUUUCGGGCGCGAUGUGGAGGAGCUGCCUCCGGCUGCGGCACGCCGGGCGCCGCCUCCUGAACCCGCCCCGGGGUGCCCUCACCGCCUCCGUGCGGCCGGGGCCAAACCCCCUGAUCCCUGCCCGGGCCUACGCGCCCCCAACAGAAAGGAAGAGGUUUUAUCAGAAUGUCAGCAUCACACAGGGUGAAGGUGGCUUUGAGAUAAACCUGGACCACAGGAAGCUGAAAACUCCCCAAGCCAAGCUCUUUACUGUCCCCAGCGAGGCCUUGGCCAUUGCGGUGGCCACUGAAUGGGACUCCCAGCAGGACACCAUCAAGUUCUACGCCAUGCACCUGACCACACUGUGCAACACGUCUUUAGACAACCCGACCCAGCGGAACAAGGACCAGCUGAUCCGGGCGGCUGUGAAGUUUCUGGACACCGACACCAUCUGCUACAGGGUGGAAGAGCCAGCGACGUUAGUCGAACUGCAAAAGAACGAGUGGGACCCAAUCAUAGAAUGGGCGGAGAAGAGAUACGACGUGGAGAUCGGCUCCUCCACCAGCAUAAUGGGGCCCAGCAUCCCAGCCAGGACUCGGGAGGUGCUCGUCAGCCACCUGGCGUCUUACAACGUGUGGGCCCUACAAGGGAUUGAGUUUGUAGCGACCCAGCUCAAGUCCCUGGUGCUGACCUUGGGCCUGAUGGACCUGCGCCUGACCGUGGAGCAGGCCGUGCUGCUGUCCCGCCUGGAGGAGGAGUACCAGGGGGAAACCGAGGCCCGGGGUCACACCCCUGGAAAAUGCUGGAGCCAGGGUUUGGAGCCAGGUCUGGGCAACUCCAUACCAAGGCGGUCACCACACUUGGCAGAUAGGGGUUCAGGGGCGGAUCAAGAUCGUCUGCUUGCACAACUGCAUGGUGGGCCCCACUAACAUGCGGAGCCCUGGCGCCCUGACUCACACUGCGGGUCAUCUGGAUGGCAGAGCGCACACAGGGGGCACCUUUUUGUACAGAAGCUUUCAUUUAGUGGGUUUGAAAUUAAUACGGUUUUGCUACACUGUCAUUUGCAUUUUUUAACUCUGAGAAUUAUGGCGUUCUCUGCAGUCUUUUUACUGUUUUUUUCCUCCAACCUCAGAAGGUUAAUUGCUAUUACAAAUCGGCUCCUAGCAUGAUGAAAACUCUUUUGUAAUGACAUUAUUUCCCGAAUCCGUCUAGUCAUCUGUUCAGAAAAAUGCCAGGGGAAGAACUGUUUCUCUACCACGAAAGGGGCUAGCUAGAGACAUGGAAUGGGCAGGGGUGAUCUGU